AUGAGCUAUGCCAGAGUGAAUGACGCAAGCGACAGCGAGGAUGAGACAUCCUCACCAUCCACUGCCAUCCACUCGUCACUUCCACCUCCACGCACUCGGAGGGCUGGUUCUGUUGCAGCCGCUACACUGGCAGCCUUGACGAGAGGAAGCAAUAGUAACCGCCAAGGAUACAGUCGCUUGGACGAAGACGACGACGAUGGAGGAGAAUCUCCUAUACAGGGACCGGUUGGUGCAGGAGUCGUUGAGCGGCGCCAAGAAGACGAACAACCACAUGAACAACCGGGUCAAAGUCGACGGCAGAGUCAGGAUCAAGUGGUACAAAGGUCCAGGACGGAGGAGAAUGCUGACUUGGAGAUCAACAUUCGGUUCGGAGAGGGACAGGACUUGAGUCUGCGAGUCCCGAGGACUGAUACCAUUGCGCAAGUCAAGGACGAAAUCAAAGAGGCGCGGCCGUCGAUUGGAAACAAGUAUUUGCGAUUGAUCCACUCUGGCAAAAUCUUGGUCGACAACAAGACCUUGAUCGAGUCAUUGCCAAAGUCGCUCUUCACUCAAGUCGAGGUACCUCACCAACACCACCAGUCGCGGCUUUCAUCAUCCGUCGAGGCUGUCGAAGCUGCAGCUAACAACAUCCUUGCAGGAAUUGCUUCCAGGACGAGCGGAGAAAAGUCGACACCGCCGACUAUCAGGACACAUACUUCUUUGGGAUCUAUCUUACCAACUCAUGUCUCCACCACGACAACAACACCAAAUACAGCCUCAACACUGCCACCAACACCAUCAUCAACAGCAACAACAACAACAACAACAACAACAACAACAACAACAGCCACACAUCUGCUUUCGUCUGGCGGCGGCGGGCAUACGAUAAUCGAUAUACCUUCUGAUACUUCGAGUCACGCCAACAACAAGAACCCGAGCUCGACUUCGACCAUCAGUAUACCCGUCCAAACAGGACCCAUUUAUUUCUUGUGCUCGCUUUCGGACUUCCCAUCUGCACAGCCAGCAGGCCUAACGGCGGUGAAAAAGGGCAAGGCUGUGGCAACCGGGACAGGAAGCAGCAGUAAUAGCAAUACCAGCGGAAGACUGAGGAGAGAUGGAUCAAAUCGGCCGUCCAGGAGUCGUGGUUUGAACGCAUCCCACAUACCGUCACAGUCAACUAGUUCAGCAGCGGCAGCAGCAGCAGUACGAGUUGGUGCAUCGAGUCCAUUGUCACUCCCGGGAAGUAGUAGUAGACGGCAAGGGUCUCGACACCGUCGUGAGGACGGAUUAGCAAGCGAGGACGAUGAGGAUGAAACACAAGAUGGGACCGACGAUGAGGAGGAAGAGGAGGAGGAACUUUCGCCUAUUAUGACUCCGCAGGCCACAGGAUUUGAUCGGCUACGGGAGGCUGGGUUCAGUGAGGACGAGAUCCGGUCGAUCCGACGACAGUUUCAUGCGAGUCGAGGGACUGUCAUGUCCACAGUGGGUGAGAACGGUAUUGCGGUGGGACUGGAUCAAGACGAGGAUGCAAACGCAAGGGCGAGGCGGAUUGAGGAAGAGUGGAUUGACCAACAUGGCGCCGAGACGCUUCCUGAAGGACUGGAGGGUAGUUAUGGCGAGAUGGUUUGGGGUCUGAUGCUUGGCUUCUUUAUGGGCCUAAUAGUCCUGUUCUGGUUCAAGGAGGCAGCCUUUUCACGGCGGCAGCAAAUGGGUUAG